UUGUCGUCUCUCUGCCUUUCCUUCCUUCUCCGUUUCCUCGUUCAAAUUUCACACCGGAAAGCUAGGGCUCCGUUUGGUUUCGUCGUCGCUACUAUGGAAGUGGACAAUGCCGGAGCUUCCGACUCCGGCGAUGCUAACAAGAAGAAGGAUUGUUUCAGAGCCGAGAUUGAUACAUCGGCACCCUUCGAAUCGGUGAAGGAGGCCGUCACCCGAUUCGGCGGUGUUGGAUACUGGAAACCCACUCACUCUACUCUCUCCCUUGUUCAGCGUGCAUCAGAAGAGGCUGAUGCUGGGAAGCUAGAGGAGCAGACAGAUGUUUUACAUAAAGAACUGAUUUUGAAAGAGAGGGAAACUCUUGAUGUGUUAAAAGAAUUAGAAAGCACGAAGAGGCGUGUGGAAGAUUUGAGAUUGAAGUUGCAGAAGGAAGAAUCUGAAGUUAAGCAUUUGGCCCUUGAGACGAGUGUUUGUUCGAUAUUGAUGGAACUAAAGCAAGCUAAGUUAAAUUUAGCAAGAACUACAACUGAUCUUGCUGAUGUUCGAGCUUCUGUUGACUCACUCAAUAAGAAGUUGGAGAAGGAAAGAAUCUCGCUUGAAAAAACCCGUGAGAGGUUAACUCAUAAUUCGUCCAAGAUAUCUUCUCUUGAGGAUGAAUUAAACCAGAUGAAAGUAAGACUACAACUGACAAAGGAUGCUGAAGAUCCUUUUGAUGUUGCCAGUGAACUCCAGCGGUUGAGUUCUGAGGCAGAUAAUUUCAAGAAAAUGGGAGAAGCUGCAAAAGCAGAAGUCUUGAGAACGGUGUCUGAGAUUGAACAGACAAAAUCUAUGAUAAGGACGGCUGAAACCAGGUUGGUUGCAGCCCGAAAGAUGAAAGAAGCUGCCCGAGCUGCAGAAGCAAUGGCCCUAGCUGAAAUUAAUGCUUUAUCAAAUUAUGGGAUGUCAAAUGGAGAUUCUAUGCAAAAGCAGGAUGGAGUAACUCUGUCAUUUGAAGAAUAUCAUGAUCUCACGACGAAAGCUCAAGAAGCUGAGGAAAAAUCACAGAAGAGAGUCGUGGAUGCGAUGCUUCAAGUUGAUGAAGCAAAUAUGUUAAAAAUGAAUAUCCUUAAAAAGGUAGAGGAGGCUGCAGAGGAAGUUAAAACCAGCAAGAAAGCACUGGAAGAAGCUCUGGAAAGGGUGGAGGCUGCAAAUAGAGGGAAGCUGGCUGUUGAAGAGGCAUUAAGGAAGUGGAGAGCAGACAGUAACAAAAGGCGGUCCUCAAUACAGAACUCCACCAAGUUCAAAAAUGCGUACCCAUCUUACCGGAGAGAAUCUCGGUUACUUGAUGUGAAUGGAUUGAAUCUUGUGAAUGAUGAAAUCAAACCAGUUCUAAAGCCAACCCUAUCAAUAGGACAAAUUCUGAGCAGGAAGCUGCUUGUGCCUGAGGACUAUGAAGCUGGCGUGGUUGAGGGAAGAAGCUCAGUGAAACGAAAGGUGUCUCUGGGUCAGAUGCUUGGGAAACAAGAUGAUGAUCCAGAUAGUGGGGGAAAAGUUGACAAGGAAGAGAGUGUGCAGAAGCAAUCUGCUGCAAAGAGGAAGAAAUUUGGAUUUGCCAGAUUCUCUCUUCUUUUGGCAAAACAGCAGAAGAAAAAGAAGAAGAAGCCAACUAUGAAUUUAAGGUGAUUGGAUCAUGUGCAUAUCGAUGUUUCAGCUUCAUCUAGAACUAACAAGUAACACGAGUGAGACUAAUUUCUUCUCUCAGUUGUGUCCAGUACACAUCUUUUUCACACCUAUUCUGAUUACUUCACUUGAAUCUCUGUUUUUAAAGUUAUUUGGGUUGGUCCUUGUUUGUA